ACCCGCAUGAAUGGCGGUGCCUUACCGCUCGGCAAAUGAUGUCCCCGAACGGACUCCCCGACGGUGCCCCCUGCACCCUUAAGGGGCUAACCUAAUAUCGUUCAAGUUCAAUGUCUCUUAUACUAGCUAGAACCCUAAAUUGUCAUAGCUUAUUAAAAAUAUAUAUUAAAAAAAAUAUGUAGGAUCUUAAAGUUGUUAUUGGCUAUCUUUAUUUGUCUAUAAAUAGGGGGGCUGUCUCCACACCAAAGUAAACACAAAGCAGCGAAGUCUACCUACUUUGUAAGCCAUGGCCAUCUCCAAGGGUUUUAUUCCUCUUUUUCUUCUCUCUAUGCUUCUCCUUGCUCAUGCUCAUGAAAUGGUGAAUGAGAUUGACGGGAAGAGUAUAGGUGAUUCCAAAAUAGAUUGCGGUUCGGCAUGUAAGGCAAGGUGUAAGCUGUCAUCGCGGCCAAACUUGUGCCAUAGGGCAUGUGGGACUUGUUGUGCCCGUUGCAGUUGCGUGCCACCGGGGACUUCAGGCAACCAACAGGUUUGCCCAUGUUACUAUAACAUGACUACCCAUGGUGGCAAACGAAAGUGCCCUUAAAGCGUCUACUACUCAUACCUUGUGCAUCUUUGAUCUGAAGCGUUCGUUAUAUAUGUAUAUGUAUUCUAUUGUAUAUUUUUGUCUUAAACUCUUGUCUAGCGUUGGAUUGCACUUUAUGUGUAAGUGUGAUUGUUUAAUAAGGUCAACUUGAUCAGUAUAUAUCUGGUUGAAAUGAUAUUAUUUUGUACAAUAAAAGUUGUUUGAGAAAUUGUAUUUGAUACAAUUACAAUUUUAAUGCAUGUCUUUUUUUUUAUUAUUA